AUGGCUUUCUUGAUUAUUAGUGUAGGUUUGAAUGCGUUUGUGACCAAAAGUGAUGGGUGGGAAAAUGCACAUGCGACAUUCUACGGUGAUAUGAGUGGUGGUGAAACCAUGCAAGGAGCUUGUGGAUACGGCAAUCUGAUACAGCAAGGAUAUGGCUUAGAGACAACAGCUCUAAGCACAACACUCUUUAAUGACGGCCUCACUUGUGGUGCUUGUUAUGAAAUCAAGUGUGACAAGGCCACAUCACAAUGGUGCCUUGAUGGCACAGUCCAUGUAACAGCCACCAACUUCUGCCCACCAAAUUACGACAAGCCUGAUGGGAACUGGUGCAACCCUCCAUUGAAGCACUUUGAUCUCUCGCAGCCUAUGUUCAUCAAGAUCGCUCAGUAUAAGGCUGGCAUUGUUCCGGUUCUUUACCGGCGCGUCCCGUGCGUCAGGACCGGAGGCUUAAAGUUCGAGAUAAAGGGAAAUCCUUACUGGGUAUUGGUGUUCUUGUACAAUGUUGCCGGUGCCGGAGACAUUAAAAAUGUGAAGAUUAAGGGUUCGAACACAGAUUGGAUACAAAUGUCACGAAAUUGGGGCCAAAACUGGCAAACUAAUACACAAUUGUUAGGACAAAGCUUGUCAUUCCAAGUGACUACUAGUGAUGGUAAAACGGUGCAAUCUGAUAAUGUUGCACCAAGUGGUUGGAAUUUUGGACAAACCUUUGAAGGGAAGCAGUUCUAA